AUGGAGAUCUAUCACGACCACCAGGUCGAAGAGAUCCUGAUACGCUUUCAGAAUCUGCGUUCAAAAUCGGGUCGACGCGCUGUAUACCUCAAUGUACUGAAUGAGCUGCGCGUCGAUGAAAGACGCGAAUUGAAGAACCAUAUCGACAAAAGUAGCUUUCAUCGGGAUAUUCUGGGCUCACUGCCUUUAGAACUGGCUGUCCAGAUUACUUCGUACCUGGAAAUCGCAGAUCUCUUCAUCCUACAGAGUGUCUGCAAACGCUGGAAGUCCCUCCUCACAAACCGCCUAGUCCGCGACUCAGUCCUCAACUGGCGCUAUGGACCAGGCACCGUGGACACAUCCUCGAACCUAGCGUUCCUCCAGUUCGCCAGAGACCGGGUCAUGCUGGAGCGUGGCCAGCCAGUCUCCCAGAGCCACUUCUCCUGGCAGUUGCAGACUUACCAGAUCAGUAUGAAUCCCAUGGACUACUGCAGCGGUAGAUACGCGUGGGUUGAAAUGGACACGUUCGUGUUUGUGCGUCAUCUGCGCUCCGGGGUCUUGCAGCGCUUCUGUACCGAGAACCGGGAUAUUUUUGAUAAUGUCCGUAUCACGGAUCAGAUUGUUGCUGCGCUUUCUCGUCGCGGGACCUGCCACGUCUGGCACCUCCACGCCAACACAGAAGGCGUCUUCCACCUCCCCUCCGCCAACUUCAACAAGUUCGUCGCCAACGGCACAAAAGUCGCCUUCGGCUUCCGCGAAAACGUCCUUCAAUGGGACCUCUCCACCCAAACCACCCACGCUAUCCGCGUCCCCACAGGACUGCACCUCAUCAUCCUGCACCCAACCCUCGACCGCCUCGCCACAGUGCACAUCUCCAACCGCGACACGGGCCGUUUCGCAGGAUCUAUCCCCACAGACCGUGCUGUCUUCACGAUGCGCCGGUUCUACCGCAACGGAAGCACGGGUGCGUUCCUGGACGAGGAACCCGACAUCCUCCCGCUACCUAGCGACAUCGGCCCUGGCGGGAACUUCUACGAAGACCUCACGGACCGUAAGGCGCGCUGUAACCACCGUCUUGGCUCGUUGCAUAUAAAUUGGCAUAAUAACCGCGAUCUAACAGAAGCGCUCAUUCUAACUGCUGACCCGCGCACGUUCCAAAUCUACAUGCAUCGCACGCACCAGGGGAGUAUCCAUAACGUUGGACUGUCUAUGGCGGCUAUCGCGCCGGAUUUACUGUACUAUAUCAGAAAGGCAGAUGGAGAUCCGACCAUUUGGAUUUCAAACCCGCGCGCGAAACGGGCGCAUCGGCCUUCUCCGAUGCUGAGUCGGGAGUUGUUGAGGAAAGGGGUGAAAUGGGAGGAGUUUGAUCGUAAGUUUUUGAUUCUGGGGGAUGAGUGUUCGGUGCUGCUUGUUGAUGCGAGUGGGUUGAGGGUUUGGUCUUUUGAUCGGGAGGAGCAAGCUAUGGGGGCGAUUCCCAUUUCUUGA